AUGGGCUCCAAAGAGUUUGCAGCCCUUCCUGGCGGCAUUCUGACUCAGGCAGAAGAAGAGCCCCCUGCCUCUCCCCAGUUUAAUUCCUGUCUGCACGAGGGCAAGGCGCUGGUGAGACGUGUGGGGGAGGUACUGUCUACUGUCGAGUGCUUCCAGGCCGUUUUCCUCCUGGCCCUGACCAUGCUCCUGCUGACCGGCAUCCUGCACAUGGACAUGGGGCAGCUCACACACCUGCUUGGGGGCCAGGCCGAGGGGCCGCCCAUCAUCAAUGUCAUGUUCCUCAAGACACACAAGACGGCCAGCAGCACGGUGCUCAACAUCCUCUUCCGCUUCGCGGAGACACACAACCUGUCCGUGGCACUGCCCGCGGGCUCACGCUUCCACCUGGGCUACCCCUGGCUCUUCCUGGCGCGCUACGUGGAGCGCUCCGAGUCCCACGGGCCACAGCAGCGUUUCAACAUCAUGUGCAACCACCUGAGGUUCAACCUGCCCGAGGUGCAGAAAGUCAUGCGCAACGGCACUUUCUACUUUUCCAUCGUCAGAAACCCCGUCUUCCAGCUGGAGUCCUCCUUCACCUACUACAGGGACUAUGUCCCUGCGUUCAGGCACGUGGAGAGCCUGGACGCCUUCCUGGCCUCCCCCUGGACCUACUACAACCAGAGCGCGGGCUUGCACAACGCCCUGGCCAGGAACAACAUGUGGUUCGAUCUGGGCUUCGACAACGACGCGCAGGCGGACGACGAGGGCUACGUGCGCGCGCGCCUGGCCGACGUGGAGCGGCGCUUCCAGCUGGUGCUCAUCGCGGAGCACUUCGACGAGUCCAUGGUCCUGCUGCGGCACCUGCUGCGCUGGCGGCUGGACGACGUGGUGGCCUUCCGGCUCAACUCGCGGAGCGCGCGCAGCGUCGCCAGCCUGACGCCCGAGGGCCAGGCGCGCGCCAAGCGCUGGUGCGCCCUGGAUUGGCGGCUCUACCAGCACUUCAACCGCACCUUCUGGGCCCGCGUGCGCGCCGAGCUGGGCCCGCGGCGCCUGCGCUCCGAAGUGGCGCGGCUGCGGGCGCGGCGGCGCGAGCUCAUGGCGCGGUGCCUGCAGGACGGCGUGGCCAAGAACAAGUCGCAGAUCACCGACCCCCAGCUGCUCCCCUUCCAGUCGGGUCAGGCGGACAUCCUGGGCUACAACCUCAGGCAGGGCCUGGACAACCAGACGCAGUGGAUGUGUCAGAGGAUGGUCAUGCCUGAGCUGCAGUACAUGGCCCGUUUGUAUGCCCUGCAGUUCCCAGAAAAGGACCCCAAACACAUACCCUUCCUGGAGUAG